UUAAUCCAUUUCACAACCCCUCAUAUUGAUGCCAUCUUUAUACAAGCGAAGAGGAGCAAAGACCACUUACAGUUCCAUCAUUACAGAAAAUCGAAGAAAAGACAUGGCUAAAGUUUCACUCAUGUCCACCACCUUAGUCAUUCUCUUGGUUUUUGUUUCUGGUCUGCCAUUCUUGACAAUUCAGCAGCAAUGUGGCUCUGCUGCCGAUUGUCAAAACAUGGUCGGAGGGUGCCAACAACCAUCAUGCUGUGAUGGACAGUGCGAAUGUCCACCAUUCUCGACGUCACAACACCAAGAACAUUGUAGGUCUCGCGCUGAUUGUCUAGGAGAGUGCCCAGGAGGAGGAGAUCCAGCAUGCUGUGAUUAUGAGUGCGACUGUCUCAUUAGGCCUGCAAAUGUACAAUCUUUAGAUGAAGCAAGAUGGAUUGCAUCAACAAAAAGUGCAUCUGCGGUUGUGAAAACUAAGAAAAUAGUGACCUGAUCAUCUCCAAUGUUUUCGUAAUAAGCCAUUCCAUCCUUUUGUUUUUGGGAAGGAAUGAAUCAAUUGAAUAAUAAAUUUUGCAGUUGGACCUCUGUUUAAA